AUCGUGCCAUCAAGUAACAAGAAAAACCUUUGGUGAUAAACAUUUUCGAUCGGGAUUAGAAAAUGGUGUGCUGCUGUGUGAGUUGCUGAAUUCCAUAAAGCCUGGAUUGGUCAAAAAGAUCAAUAGAUUGCCAACUCCCAUUGCAGGACUGGACAACAUUGCCUUGUUCUUAAGAGGUUGUAGGGAAGUGGGACUGAAAGAAUCUCAGCUCUUUGACCCAGGAGACCUGCAGGAUACUUCAAGCAGAAUAACGAUCAAGAGUCUUGACUGUAGCAGAAAGCUGAAAAAUGUUUUAGUCACCAUCUAUUGGCUGGGGAAAACUGCAAACAACAGCAGUUACUACAGUGGAGCACCAUUGAAUCUGAAAGAGUUUGAAGGAUUGCUAACCCAGAUGAGAAAGGACACGGAGGACAUUGAGAGCCCUAAGCGCAGUAUCCGUGACAGCGGCUACGUAGAUUGCUGGGACUCUGAACGCAGCGACUCUCUUUCUCCCCCACGCCACGGCAGAGAUGAUUCUUUUGACAGUCUGGAUUCCUUCGGCUCACGUUCCCAGCAGACCCCGUCUCCAGAUGUGGUGCUAAGAGGAAGUAGCGAUGGAAGAGGAAGCGACUCUGAAUCUGACCUGCCACAUCGAAAGCUGCCAGAUGUGAAGAAAGAUGAUAUGUCUGCAAGGCGGACAUCUUACAGUGAACCCAAAUCAGUUGUGCCUUUUAACCAAUACCUCCCCAAUAAAAGUAACCAGACUGCCUAUAUUCCGGCUCCUCUCAGGAAGAAGAAAGCUGAACGAGAUGACUUCCGAAAGAGCUGGAGUACAGUUUCAUCUCCACUAGGAGGAGAGAGACCUUUCAGCAAACUCCGUCCUGAAACUAUAGAAGAAGAACAAAGUGAACUCCUGGUGCCAGUUGAAGGAGACCUCGUGAGCAGCAGAAUUACCACUGCAGCCCCCUCUGCGAAGCCUGUUCAGACAGACACGAGUCAGAAGAACCCUUUACAUCAGUUUCUUACAUGUUCUGGAAACAAAACAGCAGGGCCCAGGAAGGAUGAAAAAGGUCCAGAGGAAAUCAGGAAGCUGAAAAGGCUGGAACGGGCCGGUAUUAGGGUCCGACCAGCAGCACACCGCUAUGGCAGCAGUCAAAAGCGCAUGUGUGAAGUGAAUGAGGUUACCUCAGACAUCAUCCUUCGCAAAGAGAACCCUUUUAUGUGGUGCUAUCAGCAGAAAGAUUCUGGCUCUGAAGAUGAACAAGACGAUAAAAUUCCUGACCUAGAGAAAGACGAUUUUGCAGUACGCAGAGCAAGGCUAAAUCACCGCCCAUAUGCAUUGCCAUUCACUAAUUUCCUUGGUCCCUACACAAAGAAAGAUCGAAACAAAGCGGAAGAAGGAAAGACACAAAGGAAAAAGCAGGAAUGUUCCAGUGGGAAAAAGAUACCCGUGACUUCGAGAAAGACAGAGAUGCUGUGUGAAGGCAAACCAUCCUUGACGUCUUGGGAGGAUGAGUCCAAGGAAGAAGGCAGAGCAAAAAUCCCUGAUACGCAGAGUCAGGACCUGGCUAAGAAAAAAACUCAGACUAAUCCUUCCCAACCAGACUUUCUAAGUUUUGUGAAAGCAUCUAUAACCCAAAAAGAUAAAGAGAUCUGGGAUCGACUGAAAGUGUCAGGGGAGACGAGUGAUGAGGAACUCUCAGUUCCUCAGGAUCAUUUUUGAUCUUCUGAAAUGGCGGUGGAAGCUGCCAGUCGCAGAUGCUUUACAAGUACAAAGGUGAGAACACUGAUUAAGGCCACCAGCCUUAAACAGAGGUAUGUGCAUUUUGAGCCAGUGCUGGAAAUUGACCAACAGAAAUGGGAGGAGCUAUUUAGGGCCAUGACUAAAGAUGAAAUGGAAGAAGUCAUUAGCAGAAAAAGUGCUGGGGCUUUUGGUGUCUCAAGUGAAAUCUCAUCCUUGUUGUCUAUGAGUCAUGUCAAGUCCACUGAUCAUACUAGGGAGGUCUACAGCCCACACAUUAAUUCCAAUAUUUAUGAAAUAACGUUGUCCGAUUCAGAUGGGUAUAAUUCAUCUGUCCGGGACGCUUGUGCCGGUUCCCAGAGGCAACUAUCAAGCAGUCUGAGUGAAUGGCAUGAAAAUAGCGAAGAAGAACUGGAUAGCCGCCUCCCAGAUAUUGAAAGAGAUGACAUGAGGGCUAGAAGAUUUGGAACUUUUCAGAAAUCGAUUAGUCCAGUCCACACAGCUAACAAGUUAGCAAUAUGUAAUUAUCCAUUGAAGCACCAAAGAAAUGUUGCUGGUCAGAGGGAGCAAAAAAUUCCACAGAAAGCAGAAAAAACAGAAAGAAAUUUCUCAUGGGUUUGCAUGACUCAGCGUGGUCAUGGAGCACCUUCAUUUGUAUCAAAAGAUCAAAGUGAGCACAAAAGUGAUACAGAAAGUGAGAAAGUGGGAUUUCAAAAUCCAGGGAAAGAUGGCGUUAUGGUGAGAAGAACUGGAGCUUUUUCAAAGCAGGCUGAACCAAGUGUGAGUCGGUUUAUUCCUGUUCAUUUCUCCAAGCAAAAGAAUGGGGAGGAAGCAACUAAAGAGUUUAUAAAGACCGAACAGCAAGUGAAGAGCGUCAUUGUGACAGAUUCAGUAGGAGCUGAAAAGCCCCUAAAGUUUUGGGCAGAAAUCUCUCAAAAUCUUGCAAUGCAACCCGAAUACACACUGGAACACAGCAGACACAGUUUUGCAGAUUUAGCCCAAGAGGAUGUGCCUUCUGUUGUUCAUAAGAAUGUAUCUGGCCCCAAUUCAAUCCAGCCAGAGAUGCAGGAACUUCUCGAAAGAAAUAGUAAACAACUUCCAUCACUAGAAGAUGAACCUGUGCAAAUAUUCGGCUCCAGAACCCCUGUGUCUGAUGACGCAGAGAGUGUGAGCAUGUUCGACAUGAGAUGCACAGAUGAAGGUGCUGUGAUGCAGCCUCACAGUAAAGCCCGCCAUGAAAAGUUGCAGAGUAUUCACAACCAGCUAAAGGAAGAUGAGGACCAGUGGCAAGAU